AUGACUGAUUCUGCUAUUGAUGCCAAUGAGUAUUUACUUGAAUAUCUAGCAAGUAUGUUGUGCACGUCUAAAGAAUUAGCUGAUCGCAUUGAUAAUCUCUCGCCAGAAAUUCAGCAUAUAUUUCAUGAAAUAGAAAAUAAAGACAAAGAAGUAGAAGAGAGUGAACUCAAACAAAUCAUUCGUGAAGGGUAUGACAGAGCGAUUCUUUUAUCGGAAGAAAAGGUGGAGUUAGUUGGAAAAGCGCUCAAUUUGGUUCGACGACAUCUUAAACGUAUGGACGAUGAUUUUGUGGCACUGUUUCCAAAUCAUACACUCCCCACUUAUACACCUACCACAAUAAAUGGAAAUAGCAAUGGAGGGUCGGCGUUGAUCAACAACAAUUCUUUAUCCGUCAAUAAUCAACAAAAUUUCGAUUUUGAGUCUCUUUCUCGACGCUCACCGAGUUUUGAAUCUGAGGAUGCACAAUUUUCAUUACCUUUAUUGCCGAAUCCUCAAAAUGGUGGUGGUGGCUUAUCAUCCAAUCAAUUAGUUAGUAUAAGAGGACCAGGUCGUAAAUCAGGGUUGAAUAAUGCUGGGGGUAGUAGGAAAAGAGGAUCAAGAAGCAGAACACCAAUUAAUAAUCCAAAUGCAAAUAACAACGGUAAUAGUACUAUAGGAGGACGUGGCAUCAAAUUUCGCAUUACAUCGGAGGACUAUCAAUUUAAUGAUUUUGGCGGAUCUGAAGACAUGACAUUUAGUGAAGAAGUUUUAGCGCCCUCGAGUUUUACGAGUAUGGCUAUUUCGGAGCCUACUUAUUGCUAUUGUCGUCAAGUCAGUUUUGGCGAAAUGAUUGGGUGUGAUGGGGAGGAUUGCCCAUAUGAGUGGUUCCAUAUCGGUUGUGUGGGAUUAGAAAAAGUUCCGAAAGGAAAAUGGUUUUGCAAUACUUGUGCCCCAAUGAAGCAAAGUUUGGCCAACCAACCGUUGAAAAAAAGAAAACGUGGACGACCUGUUGGAUCUACCAAAUCAAAUAUGCCAUCAACGGAAGAAUUUUUACAACAUGAACUGAAUGGUUUUGUUAGUCUUGAUGCUGCUAAUUCUGAAUCAGGUUCUGAAUCGUCUUCGGGUGCAAAUUCACCUAGUAAUUCUGUCGUCCCUACUGAUUCUACCUUUGUGUGA